UACAGCUUGGCAGGCAGGCCUCAUGAUUCACGAGUGAUGUUAGCAAUUAACGGAGCGCCAAUAGCAAUUUUCAUCACAUCUUCGAUUUUGUUCUCAAAUCUUGUUGUACAUCUUUCUUGAUCACCAAACCGUACUCUAACUACUAGAGAGAGAGAGCGAGAGCUUGGUUCUUUCCCAAAACGAAGGUGGUUUGGAUGCCGUGAACAAAUGGGUGCAGCUGGGUCGAAACUUGAGAAAGCUUUGGGAGACCAGUUUCCAGAAGGCGAGCGAUACUUCGGUCUCGAAAAUUUUGGCAAUACAUGUUACUGUAACAGUGUCUUGCAGGCUCUUUAUUUCUGUGUUCCAUUUCGUGAGCAGUUGUUAGAAUAUUAUUCAAACAACAAAAGCUUAGCUGAUGCAGAAGAAAAUCUAUUAACAUGCCUGGCUGACCUGUUUACACAGAUAAGUUCGCAAAAGAAGAAAACUGGGGUCAUUGCUCCAAAACGCUUUGUACAGAGAUUGAAGAAGCAGAAUGAGAUUUUUCGCAGCUAUAUGCACCAGGAUGCCCAUGAAUUUUUGAAUUAUCUGUUAAACGAACUUGUUGACAUACUGGAGAAGGAGUCGCAUGCUGCAAAGAGUGAUCCAGAAUCUUCUUCAUCUUCUGAGCAAAUUGCUAAUGGACUAAAGAGUGCUCACACCAAUGGUCAUAUGAGAGAGCCUCUUGUCACCUGGGUGCAUAAGAAUUUCCAGGGUAUACUUACAAAUGAAACUAGGUGCUUACGUUGCGAGACGGUAACAGCAAGAGAUGAAACGUUUCUUGACUUGAGCCUCGAUAUUGAGCAAAAUAGCUCAAUUACUAGCUGUUUGAAGAACUUCAGUUCCACCGAGACUUUGAAUGCUGAGGACAAAUUCUUUUGUGAUAAGUGUUGCAGCUUGCAGGAAGCCCAAAAAAGAAUGAAGAUUAAGAAGCCACCUCAAAUUUUAGUCAUCCAUCUAAAAAGGUUCAAGUACAUUGAGCAGCUUGGACGGUAUAAGAAGCUAUCUUAUCGUGUAGUCUUCCCACUCGAGCUCAAACUCAGCAAUACAGUAGAAGAUGCAGACGCAGAGUAUUCUCUGUUUGGGGUCGUAGUGCACGUUGGAAGCGGGCCCAACCACGGGCACUACGUUAGCCUGGUGAAAAGCCAUAAUCAUUGGUUGUUUUUUGAUGACGAAAAUGUAGAAAUGAUUGAUGAAUCAGCCGUGCAAACGUUCUUCGGAUCAGCACAAGAGUAUUCAAGCAACACAGAUCAUGGGUAUAUCUUGUUUUAUGAGAGAGUUGACACAGGAAAUAAUAAUACCAGCUGAAUUGAAAGAUGGUAAAAUUUGCAAUUUUGAAGUGAUUCCAGUUACAUUUUGUGAUUGUUGUUUGAUUAUUAGCAUGGGGACUGGUUCUGUUUUUGUAAUCUAUGAGAUGAUACUGAUAUCAUAUGAUGAUCAAAUGUGAAUCAUGUACAGCAAUGGCGGAAAUUAACUUCAUCUCUCUUCUUGUAGCAAUUGAUUUGAUGGGGAAAAGGCCAAUAGAAAGUUGAAUACUGCUUUUGUUGUAGCUU